CUUCGACUUCUUUUAAAGUCCAGCCUUCGCCGCGCUGAUUGGUGCGAUGUUAAUCUAUAUUUGCAUAGCCCCGCCCCGAGCUGACGCUCACCCGGCGCAGGUCAUUCCUAUUGGGUCCUGUCGCCAACGCACCAAGUGUAGGCUCAAUGAUUUGUGGCAUCGCCUCAAGCUCUUGGUCAUUGCUCCCAAAGAUGUCAAUCACCAGGCGGAGGAACUUCCAAUUGGAAAAUAUGACUAUUUAGACCUAGUUGCUCCGCCUCCGGUUUUUAACAACUAAGACCUGGCAUUCAUCACGUCUAGAGGUUGUCUGCUACUGGUCCAUUGUCUGUCAAUUAUUUUAAUCCUUCAUUUUAAUUGGUGGUAGUUUCAAGCCUUGCCUUCCUUUCAUUCGCAUUGGUAAACGCUCACAAUUGCUCAGUUUUCGUAUUAAUGUAAUUGGUUCCUUUUUAAAGGUCAUCUACUUAUCGCCACUGUCCAGAAGACUGUUAUUUCCUUGGUUGUUUUAUAGUUAGAUUGGCAUUGAAAUUUGUUUUUCCCUGUUUACCAUUACUACGAUCCAUAUCGUAAUGUUCUUAUUAUUAUGACGGACUCAGCCAACCGCUGAUGGGGAUUUGUAUUUGAAUAUCUAAAUAGGGCUGAUUUGACUUUGUUCAACAAUGUUCAGAGUACAGCAGCUCACGUUUUUGUUGAAAAUAAUCCUUUAAAAUUGCAAGAAACACCGAAUAACUUUUUACUAAUAAUUCAUUGGCAUUUACGACGCUUUAACUCGGGGAAACAAAGCAUAUGAAAUGAGUUUUCCCUCCCCCCAAAUUCGGAAGAUGGAAUUCACCUGGUCGGAUUAAUGCUAAUCGCGAGCCGAGGCAUCCGCAAUUUUUAUGGGGUUUUUUUUUGCAAUCUUCCCACUCAGAUCUUCAAACUAAUUGUUGGAGCGUGGUUACUUGUUCGCCGUUUCCGCUAAAUCCGGUGUAACACACGUUCUGUUACGUUUAGAUUUGUUGCAUUUACUCAGGUGCAGCUCUCACCUUCACGUUUUCCUCCACACUCGUGUAAUCCUUUCCACCGCCGUGGAUAGGUUCGCCUGCGCUCGAGCGCCAAGUUAUAACAAAAUGGAAACUUAUUCUGAGCGAGUCUUGACUUGAAUCGCAGUGCGGUGGCAACUUCAGCAGACCUACAUUUUCACUUCUUUUUACUUUAAGAGUUCUCGUUUUACUAUAUACAUUGGGAAGGGAAAGACUUAAUCGAUGAACUAAGCAAUGACCUUCUAACGACACGUCGUAUUGUUUUAAUGUUAAUUCCGCAAUUUGUCAUGCUUCAUUUCUGAAUUAUUUGAAAGGAAGUACUCAGUAGACGGUCAUAUUUUUGCUAUUGUAUGAUAUAUAUACAUAUAUAAAAAUUCGGUAACUGGUUAACUGACAAAUCCUUCUUACCUGUUGUACCAACAGGUUUUACCUGGCAAUUUGCUGACUCUAUAUCGACUCGUGUCAUUGCUUUUUCCCGCCUUUGGCUGUUUGCCACAUACUCGUGCGGAGAAGUUCCUUUUGUCUGAUUUAUGAACAUAGUUUCCAACUGUCAGGCAAAUCGAAACUGUUGCAACACAGCCGAGAGCAGAUCGCGAGUCUAUUCGCUACUUCAGUAUCAUUAAAUUCGCGUAUGUUUUAAUAACAAGUCUAGUGCAUGGCAAUUGUUAGUUGGACUUAUUGCACGAGCUGAGCAAUAGCAAGGUUGGCACUGAAAGCCACGUGAUGUUUCUAUCUUAUAAUGUUUUUUAGUAUAUUUUUUUCAUGUUAACAACUACAACUUCAGAACUUGAUUAUCACAAUGUUAUUGAAAUCAACACUCAUUCUACUUGUCAUUACACGAACUCAAUCAAAACCAUGAACCAACCGCCUAUGUUCAUUCAAUCUUUUAUUCUGCAGAGUACUAUUUUAAAACCCGCUAAAAAGUAAUCAUCAAUCUGGUGACUUGCGUGGUCGCCUCUUUUUGGCCUUGAUGGUUCGCCUUGGCCUUGUACCUCAAGCUUCCAAUUUAAAUAGUUAUGCCUCUUCCUGUGGAAGUGCUUAUAAUUGGAGCUGGAAAUCGGGGACAGAUUUAUUCAUUUUUUGCCAAGGAUUUUCCAGAGCGAAUGAAGGUUGUGGGAGUAGCUGACUGCCGCCAAGUUGCCAGACAGAAUUUACAGAUGAAAUACUCAGUGGCAGAUUGUAAUGUCUUUGAUGAUUGGAGGGGAGCUGCUGCUCGGGUGAAGUUUGCAGAUGCAGUGGUCAUAGCAACACCUGACAGACAACACAAGGAACCAGCAGUGGCAUUUGCAGAAAAGGGCUACCACAUCCUACUGGAGAAACCCAUGGCUGUAACUGUUGAUGAUUGUAAGGAAAUUGUUGCUGCGUGCAUGAAGCACAAUGUGAUUCUUUCAGUUUGCCAUGUCCUGAGAUACUCACCAGCAGUUUUAAAAGUGAAGGAGCUGCUGAGCCAGGGAGUGAUAGGAGAAGUGGUCCACAUCCAACAUCUGGAACCUGUUGGUUUUUAUCAUUUUGCUCACUCAUUUGUCCGAGGGAAUUGGAGAAAUGAGCAAGAGAGCACCUUCUCACUAUUGGCUAAAUCUUGCCAUGACAUUGACAUCAUCAACAGCUUGAUUGGAAAAAGGUGUAUCAAAGUUUCAUCAUUCGGAUCACUCUCACAUUUUACCAAAGAAAAUAAGCCUCAGGGUGCUGCUUCUCGAUGCUUGAAUUGUGCUGUGGAGCAGAGCUGUCCAUAUUCUGCCAAGAAAUUUUACCUGGAAGGUGUCAAGAAUGGUCACAAAGGAUGGCCUAUUUCGACUAUCUGCGAAGGCGCUGAUGUUGAUAUUGAGUCGGUUACUAAGGCACUUUGUGAAGGACCUUAUGGAAGAUGUGUAUACGAAUGUGACAAUAAUGUUGUCACCCAUCAGGUUGUGAAUAUGGAGUUUGAGGGGGGAGUGACAGCAGCUUUCACUAUGGUGGCCUUCACUGAAAAACUGUGUGACAGGAACAUGACAAUUUAUGGAACUAAGGGUGAGCUGUCAAGUGAGGGCCAGCAUCCCGUGAAAGUUUUCGAUUUCCUCACACAGACUAAAAAGGAGUACCCCUUGGAUUAUUCUAUACUGCAGCAAACUCAGCUGACAGGGCAUGGAGGAGCUGACUAUUAUCUGAUGGACAGCUUUAUACAAGCCGUUGCUGAGAAUAAUCCAUCACUGAUCAUGACUGGUCCUGAAGAAACCUUGGCCAGCCACCUGCUGGUGUUUGAUGCCGAGCGUGCACGAAGGGAAAGUCGCAUCAUCUACUGUAAUCAGACAGAAUGAUAAUAGCUGCAAGCACCUCAACAUGUGGGAGAAAUUUGAGGAGUUUUCAGGAUUUAUAUCUUUCACUAUAUUCCAGGUGUACAUUGCCCUUCAGUUGCAGUAGGGAGUAAACCAGGUUUGGUGUGAGCUCUAAUCUUUAACUUUAUUUCCCCAAUACUUAAUUUGAAAACCUACUACUUUUGAUUAGGCAAUGGAAUUGAAUCCGAUAUUAAGAUAUUUGUGUAUAUUUAUAUUAAUGGAAAAAGAUGGUUGUGGAUAUCAGUGAACAAUAGACCAAGAUGUAAGUUCUAAUUAGUAGCAUCAUUGAUUGGGGGUGAAUUCAAUUGCCUGACAUAUUGAGAAAUUAAAACAAAAAGAUAGGUCAAUGUAAGACAAUGCAAUAAAUGGUAAAUGUAACUGGGACCGGGAGUACAUUAAUCAUUUGAGAAAUAGAGUAAAUAAUCAGGAAACUCAUUCAUUCUUAUUUGCCUCUGACUGAAUCUGGUUAAAAUGACAUCUGUCUGAAAACAACAUGAAAAGAGAGAGGACGGGCUUAUGUCAUUGACGUUAAAUAGGUUUGAAUAGUAUAAUUAGUGCUGUAACUGGAUCCUGACCUGAAGCAGGGCAAUGAACAACAAUUCUAGGAAAAUUAUUUACUGCAAAUUUUUUUUCUUUUCACAAAGUAUUUUCAUAUGUGGUAUGGCCAGAUUAAUAUUAAAUGUGAAGGAUUAGAACUGUCCAGUACUGCUUUAAAGUGGAAAUGUAAAGGAAAUAUGCACCGAGGACUACUGUAACUCGGAGUAAGAUUGGUGUGAAAGGGCAAUGAAACUUUCCAGGAAUCUUUGUGGAAAAAUGUUGCCUGAAGUGUAUCAGUCAGUCUACAUCAUCAGCAAAGUGACAGAUAGUGGCAACAACAGUUACUUCUAACUACAUAUAGUCCACAUUAACCAGAUAACUGAUGCCCACUCUGUGUUCCACCAGGACCAGUCGCUGAGCUUCAGAGGUGAAGCAAAGUGACAGCAUUUGACUGAUUGUGGCAUCAGGAGGCCUGGUAAACCUGAAGUCAUUGGGCAUCCAGAGGAAAAUAUUCCAGUCCUUAGAAUCAUAACUCACAUAGUGUAGUGCAGAGGUCAAUUAUCACAGCCCCCAAGACAUCCUGCAGGACUUUCCAUGGGCUUUGCCUUGGACCUACCUCAUAAGAUUGGAACUGAGGAUGUUUGCUGCUGAUUGUUCAAUUAUAUUUGUAGUUUCUCAGAGAAUGAAACAAUCUAUGCCUGGUCUUAGUAAGACUGCAAUAACAUUCUAUCAUCAGCUGAUAAAUGGCAAGUUACAUUUGUGCUACAAAGGUGUCAGACAAUGAUCAUGUCCAACAGUUGGAAGGCUGAUCAUCUACGUUUGGCAGUCAAUGGCAAUACCGUUGCCAAAAGCUCAACAUACUGUGGUGAUGAGCAGAUCAGAGCCUCGGUAUCCUAUACAUGUGACUAGCUUCCUGACACUCAAAGCCUUUCCACAAGGCACUCAGUGCGAUGGAAUAUUUUCAACUAGGUUAGAUGAGUGCAAUAACAUUAGGAAGUUUGACAGCAUCCAAUACUUGACUGAUACCCCAACCGCCAUACUAUGUAUCAGUGGCCCAUAGUGAGUACCAUCAAUGAAGUUACCACCAAGAAUGAGUUGGGCUCCAGGCACAGAGGAAUAUCAUUGCCUGAAUUUUCCAACAAAUUGCACACCAUUCUGGGAAAUAUAUUGGUGUCUUCUCAUCAUUACUUCAUCUAGGUCUUGGAAAAGCCCGUGCUUCAGCAUUGUGGGAGUAUCUUCAACAGAGGAUGGCAGUAAGAUGGUUCCCCUCAAGGGCAAUUAUGGAUGGCAGUAAAUAAUAACAUUGCUGGCAAAGCAGAGAUCGUUUUUUAUAAAUCUAGUUCUAGACUGAACUGAAUUGUUAAUCUCAACCCAGGUAAGAAUUGAGGUACUCCAUCCAAUGGAAAUCAGGUCAGCUUUCUAUUUAUGGCAACAUCUUGUUAAAAAAUAUCAUAGUGCUGAUAACCAUGGUACAUAGAACAUAGAACAAUACAGCAUAGGAAAGGCCCCUUCGACCCACGAUGUCAGUGCCGAACAUGUUGCCAAGUUAAACUGAUUUCAUCUGACUGUACAUAAUCUAUAGCCAUCUAUUCCCUGCACUUGCAACUGCCGACCCAAAAGCCUUUCAAAUGCCACAAUGGUAUCUGCCUCCACAACCACCCCGGGCUGUGCGCUCCAAGCUCCCACCACUCUCUGGGUAAAAAAAAACUUGCCCCGCACAUCUCCAUUAAACAUUUCUGUGUUUUCUGUCUGGAGAAGGGUCUCGACCCGAAACAUCACCCAUUCCUUCUCUCCAGAGAUGCUGCCUGUCCCGCUGAGUUACUUCAGCAUUUUGUGUCUAUCUUUCAUUAAACAUUCUUCCUCUCAUCUUAUAGCUUUGCCCUCUAGUGUUGAAAAUUUCCACCCUGGGGGAAAAAGGUUAUGACUGUCAACUUUAAUGUAAAGUUUAAUGUGCACGGCCAUCCUCCCCUAUCUUCACCCAAUACAUACAAAUUUAUGUAUAUAGGCUCGUUCUUGAAUACUAGUUUGUUGUUAAGAAGGGAGGUGUAGUUUUGUGCAUUUUUUAAGUCCAUUUUUACUAGGGAUGGAUACAUUACUACCAAAACAAUUUAAUUGUCCGUAGCUAACUGCCCUUCCACCACUGCAGGCUGCGGAAAUGCUGCUUUCACUGUGCUGUUGGGUAGGAAACGGUCAGACUUUGACCUAGAAAUGAUGAUGUAAAGCCAAUACAUGUCCACCACAAGACAUGUGUGACUGAGGAAACUUGGAGAAGGCAGCAUUUCUCUUCCAGUCAAGAAGCCAUAUGUUUUGGGGAAUAAUAUUGAAGGAGCCUUGGUAAGUUAAUAUGUGAUACUGAAUACUGAUUUUUUUUUUUGUAUCCAUUCAUUAAUACUGGGAUACAACAAAUGAUUGCAUGUCUGUUUCAUCUCUGCAUGAACCAGACUGGGCAAACUCUUUCUGAAGCUGAAACAUGUUAUGCAAAAAUAUUUGUUUGUUUGGAGUUUGUUUAAUGAUGAAGCAGACAGGGUGAUGUUACUGUAGAGGUAUUCUUAUAAUAUUAUAAACUGCUUAUAAUAUAUUAUAUUAUAUAAUAUAUAAUUAUGUAAUAUAUAUUAGCGGCUAAUAUAUUAUAUGUGGCUGUUGUUUUGUAGAGUCAUCAACCUAGCCUGAAAACAUCAAUGUGUAUUUAUGUAAUUCCCAUAAGUUUAAAAUAUCCUUUUAAAAAAGCAUAAUCUGCCAAAAAUAAAUAAUGGGAUGGAAUAAUAGUUGAUUUAUUUGCUUACUUUGACACUACUGCUUUCUCUAGGAAUGGUAAAGGCACAAAAUUCCAGAUUUUGCCAUUAGGUUCAGGAAGAACUGUUAAUUACAGAUGUGGCUGGACAGAGGCACAAUAAAAGCUAUUCUUAGUGGAAUAUAAGCAUAUAUAUUGAAUUGACAUAAAUACAUUAAUGAUCUCUGGUGUGUAGGUUUGUUCUUGUAACCAUGAAAGAUAAUUAGCAUCUUUAAUUAUGAGUGUGAACAUUUACUUGAAUAUGCUAAUUCAAGCAUCAUGAAUCCAAGUGAAUUGAAAUGUUUCUCCAUUAUUAAUACUGUGAGGGGAACCAGUUCACUAUUAUUGAUUUUCGAAUUAUGAGAAAUCUAUUUAAAAGAAGCAAUGCAAGUAAAAAGCCACAUUCAGCAUGGUUGUAAUGUGUUACUCAAGGAAAUAAAUGACAAAAUAACUUAUGUAAACAAUGAAGUAUUGUAAACAAUCAA